AUGUCUGUCUGCUCUAAUGAGCUAAGCUAUGGCAGCAGUGUCUGCCUGCCUGGGUCCUCUGAGUCUUGUACCGACUCCUCCUGGGAGGUGGACAACUGCUCAGAAAGCUGCUGCGAGCCACCCCGCUGUGCCCCCACCUGCUGCCAGUCCACCUGCUGCACCCCCACCUGCUGUGCCCCGGCUCCCUGCCAGACCCUCAUCUGCACCCCUGUGAGCUGUGUGUCCAGCCCCUGCCAAUCACUCUGUACCAGCCCCUGUGUACCCUCCUGUUGCCAGCAGUUUAAUUGCCAACUAGUAUGCUGUGUUCCCUUCCCCUAUCAGCAGACCUGCUGCAAGCCUGUGUGCUGUGAGCCCAUCUGCUGUGAGCCGGUUUGCUGCAAGCCCGUUUGUUGUGAGCCUGUCUGCUGCAAGUCCGUCUGUUACAAGUCUGUCUGCUGUAAGCCUGUCUGCUGUAUGCCUAUCUGCUGCAAGCCUGUCUGCUGUGUCCCUGUCUGCUGUGGGGCCAGCCCCUGCCCUGCCCCCUCAUGCUGCCAGCCCUCUACCUGUACAACCUCCUGCUGUAAACCCUCCUCCUGUGUGUCCCUCAUCUGCCAACCUGUGUGCAAGCCCGCCUGCUGUGUGUCCUCCUCCUCCUGCUGUGCCCCUGCCUCCUCUAGUGUGUCCCUGCUCUGCCACCCCUUGUGCAAGCCUGCCUGCUGUGGCUCUUCCUGGGGCCAGAAUUCCUGCUGCUGA